AUGGCUACUGCGCCGACAGCUCCUCCUCCUCUAUGGCCCGCGAACGAGGCCAACGUGCCAAACACCUCCGAAAUCGCUUGGUCCCGGAUCACACCCUCGCCGUCCUGCCUGGAGAAGCUCCGACUACUGUGCCACAGCCAGAAAGAGCUGGAAAGAGCGGGCUACGUGACCAAACCGCUUAGUGCGGCUCAGAUCGAGGCCAAGGCGAGAUGCAAGCGGUGUGGAAAACGAGCACCACGUCGUCGACCACAGCGUCAAAAGUCGAAAGCCAGUGCAGGUGUCGUGAACGGGGACAAGAAGACACAGACACAGACGGAUCUGGAUCUGACUCUAACCGCCAAUGUCGACACCAAGGAAGAAGAAGCCAUGAACGAGGACGAGGACGAAACUCCGAACACAUCCACGGCGAACCCCAAGGAGAAAUCUCCUCCCCCAUCAUGCACAUAUCACACGGGUGUGGUCAGGAACAAGGCCUUUACAUGUUGCGGCCAACACGUCACAACUGGAGGUUGCAUUGAAGCUCUUGAACAUACUCUUCCCGAACCAGACGAUCCUCUGCUGCACGAGUCCUGGCAGUUCUAUACGAUACCGCUGACUCCUCCACAACUGAACUCAGCCAUCAACGCCAGCGCCAGCGCAAGUAGAACCCAUCGUUCUCCUCCCAGCGGACCUCGAAGACGUGGCCACAAGCAAGGUCGAGGACAACAACAAGAAGGAACCAACCAACCUCGCCAUCUAGAAGCGAUCGCUCUCGACUGCGAAAUGGGCGUCUCCGCGACAGGGGACCAAGAGCUGAUCCGGUUGACCGCGGUAGACUUCUUCAGCGGCGCCGUGCUGAUCGACAAGCUCGUCGCGCCCGCCGUGGCCAUGACGCACUACAACACGCGCUUCUCUGGCGUGACCGCGGCGGACAUGCGCGAGGCCGUGCGAACGCGCACGGCGAUCCUGGGCGGCCGCGACCGCGCGCGCGAGGCCCUCGUCCGAGGAGGAGGAGGAGACCACCGAAGAGUCGGGCCCGACACCAUCGUCGUCGUGCACGGCGGCUCCAACGACUUCUCGGCCCUGCGCUGGAUCCACCCGCUCGUCAUCGACACCCACAUCCUCGAGGGGUACACGGGCGUCAAGACCGAGGGCGGUCGCAGCCUGCAGAACCUGUGUAAGCUGAAAUUGGGCAUCGCCGUGCAGGUCAAGCGCCCUCGUCUCCUGAGCUUUGGUCGGCCAGGAGUGGUCGGUAGCCAAAGCCAAAGCCAAAGCCAAAGCCAAGGCCGAGGCCAGACCCAGAGCCAGAGUCGGAGCCACCGUCCGCAAAAAGGCCACGAUAGUUACGAGGACGCCAUGGCCGCGAGGGAAUUGCUGGUGCACUGGACCAUGCGCAUUCCUGAUUCGUGA